AUGGGGCCCCACUACUGACCCCGGGGCCUUGGGCAGUGCCCGAAUUUCCAAAUGGUCAGUCCACCCCUGCUCCCGAUAUAACUGCUGGACCACAUGACUGACCCACAUGGGAGGUACAUCUUUGUGAAAUUUUCAUUUCAAUUCACUGGGACAUGUACACUGAUCAUCAGAGCACUGAUGAUCAGUGUGCCCUGAUGAUCAGCGUGGCCCCAGAAGUGCCACCUGUCAGUGUCCAUCAGUGCCAGCAGUCAGUGCUCAUCAGUGCCACAUGCCAGUGUCCAUCAGUGCCACAUCAAUGCCACAUAUCAGUGCAUACCAGUGCACAUCAAUGCCACAUAUCAUUGCCCAUCUGAGCGGCCUUUCAAUGUCACCCAUCAGUGUCAGUCAGUGCCACCUAUCAAUGCCAAUCAGUGCCACCUACCAGUGCUGCCAAUCAGUGCCACUUAUCAGUGCCAGUAAAUGCCGCCUAUCAGUGCCAGUCAGUGCUGCCUAUCAGUGCCAGUCAGUGCCGCCUAUCAGUGCCAGUCAGGGCCGCCUAACUGCCAGUCAGUGCCGCCUAUCAGUGCCAGUCAGUGCUGCCUAUCAGUGCCGCCUAUCAUGCCAUAUAUCAGUGUCAUGUAUCAGUGUUGCCUUUCAGUGCCCAUCAGUGAUG